GAAGGAAAAAUUGAGCUUCUUGAGAGCAAACAGGAUAUGACUAACUCAGGUCUUUGGUAUCUCUGCCAAGUGGCUGAAGGAUCUAAAGAUGGUCUGGAUGCUAAACCCUUUCAGGAUGCCUCUGCAAAGCUAGCAAAGCAUUCAGCAAUAAAAUUUGAGGAGAAAUCACUCAAGGGCCUUCAGUUCAUUACUGAAAAUAAGGAGUCAAGUGUUGUUGAAAGAUCGACGGUAAGCACGAGUAAAGAUUCCGACAAAGAUGGCCUCAACGACCUCGUUGGGGUAAAGGCCCCAUUGAUGAAAACAAGAAUACACAGAUCAUAUCUGGUUGGGAUUUCUUUGACCAGAGACAUUUUGGGUUCUGAUCUGUGAAACUCUUUCGUCUUCAGUUUAUCUUUGAUUUCGGGAGGGAAGUCUUCCUGAUUGAUUUUUUUCCCCUUGAAAUUGUGUGUAGUUCUUGUGACUUGUUCAUUUGUUUGGGGUGAUA